AUAUAUCGACAGGCAGAGCUCUGAAGCUAAAGCAUUUUUUCCAUUGAAGCGUUUUUCAAUCAUCACUCCUUGUGCCGCCAUUUCCAGUUGGUUUCGCCUCUCUCUCUCUCUCUCUCUCUCUCUCUCUCUCAUCGCUCCGCCAUUUCCUUCCCCCUGGAUGACUUGCACACGGCGUUUUUGAGAAUCUCUUCGGAGUAAGCAGCUCUGUUUUUCCAUUUCUGAUUUCUUGCAAGUGCCAAAAGGAAAUAAUGAGUGACGGGGGUAGCGAACAAGAGAAGAGGUGUCAGGUUUGUGAUGAGGAGAUAGAUCGGGUUGACCAGCAGUUCGUACCCUGCAAAUGCGGUUAUCAGGAUCUCGAAGCGCAUGGCUGGGAAUUGGUGCCUUGCGAAUUUCAUUACUCAUGCUGUGAGAAUUGUCUGUUCUGGGUGUUUCAUGUGAUCGCCGAUGUCAUAUCUAAAUUAAAUGGAUUAGAAGUUGGGGUUACAACCGCCUCAAGGGUGGCUUUUAUGACUUUCUGCUAUCCAUAUCGUAAAAGAUAUGUGUUUGGUGUUGGCAUCAUAUAGUAGAAAUGGCAGAGAAAGAUACAUCAAAAGGGAAAUGUCCUGCAUGUCGGCAACCAUAUGAACAGGAGAGAAUUGCGAGGAUGCAAGCAAUUGGUGAAAGGUCAGCGUCGGAAGCUGUUAACAAGAAGACCAAACAACCAAAGGGCAAGCGAAAGGCUAAUGAAGUAAAGGACUUGACAAAUAUUAGAGUGAUUCAGCGGAAAAUGGCAUAUGUCACUGGACUACCUCUCAAUCUAGCUCAUGAAGAUGUGUUGCAGCGGAAGGAUAAUUUUGGUCAGUAUGGGAGAGUGACUAAGGUCUCACUUUCACGGACCAUUCAACAGUUCAGCAAUGAUACCUGCAGCGUAUAUAUAACAUAUGCAAAAGAGGAGGAGGCCUUGCGAUGUAUUCAUGCAGUUCAUGAUUUUGUCCUGGAUGGUAGAAUUUUGAGAGCAUCAUUUGGAACUAAAAAAUACUGUCAUGCUUGGCUAAAAGCGGCUUGCAACAAUCCAGCUUGUUUAUAUUUGCAUAGUAUUGGGCCUGAUGAAGACAGUUUUGGAAAAGAUGAGGAUGCUGCAGAAUAUACAAGGAUGGAGCUCAUGGUUCUGGAGUUGGCACACGUGGUAUGCAUCCCGCUAAAGACAAGGAAGGACCUAUUGCACUACCCCAGAAAAUGUUGUCUUAUGCAGAUAUUGUUGGGAAAUCAAGUUCUGCUGCUUCGGAAAAAGAUGGAACUAGUGCCUGAGACUCGACCGAGUUGGAUGUGGCUUGCCUUCACGCUCGGUCGAGUGUGUUGUGAUGUCACACCGUUGGAUCGAGUGGUGUGCUCUGGCCCCCUUUGGCUCCCCGACUUCAUCCCAGUUCCUUUCACACCUCAAAUUUGCAACACGUGAAGGGAAAAUCACAUCUAUUGUUAGUCCAAAAAUACAUUAAAACUCAUGAAACCUAAGGUAGUGAUCUCAAUAAAAAAACAUCCUGAAAACAAGGUACACACAUUUUGUGAAUGAGAGUUACUUUAGAUAUCACUAGUUGAAUUCAAACAUGUGCGCAUCUGAAUUUAAUGAGAUGUCUGCUUGCAUUUUUCAAUAUGUAGGUGUCAUCACUAGAACAAAACAAUGAAGUCUUGAGUUGAUCCAACAUCUUGAACUUUGAAGAGUUCAUAAUGGGUUGUGAAUAGCAAUCAAAUUAUUCUUUCAA